AUGAGCCGCUUCCGGCCCAUGACUGCAGGAGAUCUCUUCAGAUUCAACGCCGUCAAUCUUGAUGGAUUCACCGAGACGUUUCUCCAGAGCUUCUAUCUCCGGUACCUUUCCAACUGGCCCGAGCUGUGCAUCGUCGCCGACGGGCCAGAUGGAACGGUUGCGGGAUACAUUAUAGGCAAGGUCGAGGGAAAGGGUAGGGACUGGCACGGCCAUGUAACUGCCCUGUCCGUUGCGCCCGAGUUCCGCAAGUGCGGCCUCGCCCGCAAGUUGAUGGCUUUCUUGGAGGACAUUUCGGAGAAAAAGUUCAAGUGCUAUUAUGUCGACCUCUAUGUCCGGGUGUCGAACACGGUUGCCGUGAACUUCUACCGGGAGCUCGGCUACCGCGUGUGGAAAACAGAGAAAGGCUACUACUCUGGACAAGAAGACGCGCUCGACAUGCCGGUCGCCGUGUCGCCUCUCAAAAACUGA